CAACCAAAGCUUCAAUAAAACCAAUUUCUAAUGCAACUCCUCCAUUAAACAGCUUUGAAAAACCAAGCAGCAUCAGUAAUUGAAGUGGGAAGUAAACAGCUGUUGUUUGAUAGGAAAACUGAUCUGCCCACAGGUUGUUGAGUGCUGAGGGUGUUGGCAGUUCCCCUGCCCUCUUCCAGCGAUAUUACAGCUGUAAACAUCUCCAGACAGCACAGAGACAACAGAGACGCUCGCUGACCUCUCACAGCCAUGAUGCUUGCAGGUUUCCUCUUCUUUCUGCCUCUUCUCACAGAUGGAAAGCCGUCCAGUGCAGGGCUACCAGAUGAUGUCCAUGAUCAUGAACACGAGUCCAGCAACAUCUCUGAGGAAAUUCCAGGUAAUGAAGUGAACAGAGACGCUAACUGCAGUUUUCAAGCUGUUAUGAAGUACCUGAAUCUGACCAAAGACAAUCCUAAAUACACCCUGAACCGGCCAGUUAAAGACCACAGUUCUCGUACAGAGAUAUAUAUUGCUAUGAUGAUCUAUGCCAUUCUAGAUGUGAGAGAGAGCGACCAGGCUUUCGUUACUUACUUGUGGAUUUUUUUGAAAUGGAACAACGAGCACAUUCGCUGGUCGCCAGGCGAAUUUUGUGGACUUGAACAUAUAAUAGUUCCUACUUAUCUUUUGUGGUUGCCGGAUGUAAUUAUUGAAGAUAUGAUAGAUGGCAAAGUCAUUUCCAGUCCUUAUCUCUACAUUAAUUAUAAGGGCUCAGUCGAAUAUAGGAUCGAUCAGGUGGUGACCAGCACCUGCAAGAUGACCGGUUACAAAUUCCCCUUCGACAUUCAGACCUGCAACCUCACUUUCAAGUCCCUCAUGCACUCAGAUAAAGACAUAGAGUUAAUUUCCAAUGAAAACAGUACAGAGAUCACAGAAUGGUCUCGUGAAGUGAUGCGGUCACAGUACGAGUGGCUGUUUGUCAGUUUGACAGUCGCUGAAAAAACUGUUUACAACAAAACCAAGAUUCUUUACGUUAUCACUAUGAAGAGGAGGUCUAUCCUCUAUGUUGCCAACUUCUUGCUGCCUGUCUUCUUCUUCUUGUGUCUGGACUUGGCCUCCCUCCUGAUCUCCAACAGAGGAGGUGAGAAGCUCAGCUUCAAGGUCACUGUGCUGCUUGCUGUCACAGUGAUGCAGCUUAUUCUCAAUGAAAUUCUACCUACCUCAACAGACAGGAUCCCACUUAUAGCGAUCUACUGCAUUGGGGUUUUUGGUAUGAUGAUGCUCAGCCUCAUGGAGACAAUUUUUGUGACGUAUCUGAUGGAGAAAGACUUCCAAGACGAUGAGACUGACGGAGACCAAAGCCUGAAUGAGAUCCAUGAGGACAAACUGGACAAAGGCAACUUCCACAGCUGUUUCAGAGGGAUAAAGAAAUGUGUUCACUGUGCAUCUGCAAAUGAUGCAUCUGCUGAUGAAACAUCUGUGCCCAAAGAGGGCAGCAGCCAGCUGACGGAGGUGUCUCUUGCCUUGGAAAAGGUCUCAGAUGAGCUUGGAGAGAUCGACAGAAAAAUGAUUCAACUCAGCAGCAACAAGGAGGAGAAGUCCGGCUACUGGACCAGAAUGGCAAAAAAAAUCGACAAGGCUUUCUCUAUUAUAUAUGUCAUAUCUGCUUCUAUGUUUUUAGUUAUUCUCUUUUCAAUUUGGAGUAUUCCAUAUACAGACUAGUGUUAAAGAAGAGUUUGAAUUCACUGUUGAUUUAAAACUGACAGGACCUUUUGUGUGUUCACACCUGUGAUUCAAACACAACAAAACGCCCCGUUGAUGUCUCAGACAGGGAGGUCAGGGCUCAUACUGAUUUGUUACAAACUGAUGGGAACAUACAGGCAGGUGGCGACACUGAUAAUGCAGUUAUGUUUGCUGAUCUAUAAUGUAUCAUCAGAAUGACACCGAUCCACAGAGAAAGUUCUCUGUCUUAGUGUGUCUUUUGUGUUUUUACUUCCUCCCUUUGUCUCACUUUCCCUCCUUUUUUGAUUGCCCCAAUUGGUUUGACUUGUGUCUUCUUCCCUAUUUAGUUCUCUGUGUAUAAAUAGUCCUGCAUCUUUCUUUGAUCUUCACCAGUUCAUCCUGUUUUUCCUCCUUCUUUGUCGUGUUUGUCCUCUUGUUCAGUUACUUCAUGUGUUCCAGCCUGAUUUCUUCUUUGUUCCUUAUGUGCUCUGAGUGUUCCAGAGGUUUGAGAACAUUGUUUUGCUGUUACGUAACAUCAUCUGUCAUCUUUCACACUUCUCCAUUUAAAUGUUCCAUUUAAAACAGUCUGUCUUCACUUUUUACCUUAUAGUACCAUCAUUUAAAAUUAGAAAUAUCAUUAAAACAUUCUUUGAACAUUGGAUUAAUAUGCUAUCUUUAAUAUAUCAUUAGAACUUGUAGGUAAUGUUAAUCAGUGUUGUGGGAACGUUCCCUGUUCGCUCUGGGAAUUGUGGCGACGCAUCUGACACAUAAACUCAUUAUUAACCAUUAAACAAAGCAAAAAGUUCAGUUAAUCUUUCAAAUAUACAAUGACAUAUAUUCAGAAGUGUAAUUUAAUGGGAGUGUAGCUGUAUUAAGACUGGAAUUUAAUGCUCAACUACACGAAUAUGGCGCAUUGCAGUUUAAUAUCUGCUGUAUAACAGUUGAAAGGUGUCUUUAUUUGCAUCUGUAUUUAACAUAUUAACCGAUCACAACGUAUUCAUGUGACAGAUGAAAAGUCAGUUUCAUCUAGUUCUAAAAGCAUGCACUAAUAGACUUGAAAUAAAAAAAUAUGACAAAGUUCAUGCUUCUCUUCUCCUCAGUAUCCAUAUGCAUAAAUGUAUGGGGUGAUGGAGGAGAUGCAUCCCCUUCAACAUGUGCAUCUGCCUCAUAAUAAAAGCACGAUUACAGCAAAGUUAAAAGAAAAACUCCUCAGCAUCAGUGGGUCCAAGUUCCUCCUUGAGUAUGUUGCUUAUCUUCACAGAAACAACUGCAGUCGUCAGUUCCGCUCUUUGAAUAGUCGUAGUUUUGGUCGGCGAGAUGCUCUGUAGUACUUCUCUGUCAUUUGGCACAAAUUUGUGAAGUCGGAACCACAGCAGAGUUCAUACGCUGGAUAGCAUCAUCAGUGCUUUCGAUCCCAUCAUCUACGUAAAAUGUAUGAUAAAUCGUGAGCCUUGGGGGUAAGGGUGGCAGUU